AUGGUCUUCCGAUUUCCCAAAACCCUCGACCCCAUAACCCUCUUCCACAGUCCCAGCGCGCCGGCGUCGCAAAACGCCCUCAAAACGCUGCAACGGGCGCUCGCGGCCGCCGAAGCGGGCGAGCCGCAGACGACCAAACGGGGCGAGUUCCAGCUGGAGGUGACGACCGAGGCGCCGACGACGGACCAGCUGCGCAAUAUCCUGGACUAUGUGACGGCGGAUCCGGCGGGGGCGGGGAGUAAUCGGAUUGUGUAUGGGGUUGAGCAGGUUGUGAAGGGGGCGAGGAAUGCGGAGGAUGCGGUCAAGAGGUUCAAGGAGGAUGGGGGACAGGGGUUUGUUAGGCCUAUUACGGUGGAUUGGACGAAUGGUCGGGCUGUGCUUGGGGAUAAUGAAUCGGAGAUUCUGAAGAUGGUGCAUCAGUUGGAUGUCGACUAA